GGUGGACUCGGCAGGGUUUUUUUUCCUCCCCCUCAUUUGCGCUGCGGUCGGGGUUUUGUUUUGUAAAUUUGCCGCCUGAGGCUGAUGUAGAGCGGAUGCUGUGAGGAGCGUGUCUCCCGUAUUUUGGCCAGAUGAGCAGGGUGGAUGGAAUUUCUGAUCUUCCCAGUGUCCCAGUAGAAGGACAACAGCCCCUCCUCGAGUAUGGGAGAACUCCUCAACAGGCAUCUCUUGUUGACAAUGCCAUGUUACAAGACAACACCAAUGAAGUUGGAAUCUUGCAGGAUAGCUCUGUAAGUCACGAGAUGGUGGGUUCUCACCGCCUCCUGCAGAGUGGAGCAAUUAGCCAUCAAGGAAUGAUAACUGGCAAUGACGCAUUGACUCAGACCACCUUGAGAAAUGCAGAUGGACCAGACAGCCAUGCUGCUGUUACUGUGACACAGAGUUUACCCUGUGCAACCCAAGUACUGGGUAAAAGCAGGGUGCUUGAAGGAGUUGAACAGUUUGAUGGAAAGAAGCAGAGCGAACAAGAAGACCUAGUAAAAUUGAGAGGAAAUGAAAAUCUUUUGAAGCUCGGAGAGAAUGAAGAAUUGCUGAAGUUCAGACAGCAUGAAGAAUUGAUGAAGAAACAAAAGAGUAAAAAAAUUCGUACUCCUUCCAAAAUUCUGGUAGUCGGUGAAGAUGGCUCCUUCCUGGUUAAGUCUCCCAAGACUCACAUCUGCGAGCAGUGCAGUGCUGCCUUCCGGACUAACUACCAUCUGCAGAGGCACAUCCUCAUCCACACAGGUGAAAAGCCAUUUCAGUGCAGCCAAUGUAGCAUGCGAUUUAUCCAGAAGUACCUACUACAGAGACAUGAGAAGAUACACACUGGUGAGAAGCCAUUCCAUUGUGAUGAGUGUGACAUGAGGUUUAUUCAGAAGUACCACAUGGAACGACACAAACGGACACACAGUGGGGAGAAACCAUACCAGUGUGAAUACUGCCUACAGUAUUUUUCUAGAACUGAUCGUUUGCUUAAACACAGAAGAAUGUGCCACGAAAAUCAAGGGAAAGCUCCUGGCAAAAACCCAGCUAUGAAAACCGAGCCAAUUAUACUCGCAAUCAAUGCAGAAAAUAGUUUCCUGUCACCUGUAAAGGACAUCAUUAAUCCAAGGAAAAAAGUCAAAACUGCAGAGAAGUCAGCAUUGGCAACCCUUGAUAAAGAGGAGACUGGUAACCCAGCAGAGGGUAAGAUGGAUAAGGGUGAAUGUGUAGAAUAUUACACCAGCAACUUGAAAGUGAAGGAUGAAUAUAAAGUGGAGCAGUGCUCGCUUGUGGUUGCACAUUCUUCACAGAAUAAUGAUCACCUUGGGGAAGCAUAUCAGAAUCAAAUGAACCUGCUGCCAACAAAGCUUAUUCUGAAGAAGGUAAGCCUGAAGAAAAAUCAAAAGACAACGGAAGAAUUGGCUCAGACCUUGCCUGUUUCUGGCAAUUUUGAUGCCACAAAAGUCAACAAAUAUACCUAUGCUAUGGUAGACAACCCUGAUCUUCUGACAAUGGAGGGGCCUGGUGCUGAUCAGGGCCAAGAUGCUUCACGCAAACCAGGAGGCAACAGCAACUAUGAUGAUGCAAUGCAGUUUGUAAAGAAGAAGCGAUUUUUGCAAGGGACUAGCAGCACCAGUAGAGAGUAUGCCUUAACUGUAGGCCAGAUCCCAAUCCAGCCAGCUGCAACACAGGCAGCUAACACACCUGUUGGGGACACCAGUGGUAGCGCACCUAUGCUGGUGCAACCCAAUAACACUGAUCCAAAAAGCAGUCAGGACAAAAGUGGGAUUCCUGACGAAGUUUUGCAGACGCUGUUGGAUCACUACACCAACAAGGCAAAUGGGCAGGUUGCGUUUUCUGUCGAUGCCCAAGCCGCCUCAAAUAUAACUGUGAGCUCUACGGACAUUACUAAUGUGCCACCAUCUGAGCGAGUCAAUGAGAGUUCCCAGCCAGCAGUCACAGACAACUGUAACAUGCUCCAUGAGUAUUCAAAGUUCCUCCAACAAGCUUUGGAAAGGACUUGCCACAAUGAUAGCUACUCGGCUGAGCAAGGACUUGCAUAUGAGACUGAAACUCACCCCCUAACUGGAAGCCUUCCAGUGCAGCCUCUGUUUUCUACUCUAGAACGACAGGUUUUUGCAACCAUGGUUACUCAGCAUGGCUUCAGACCUGAAGUGGGUGCCCCUUUGAGGAUACCAUCACAAAAGGCUCAGUACAGUUUAUUAACUGGUGAAUCCCAGCAUCCUUUUGCUUUCAUACCAACUGUAACAAGCAGCAACAGCAUCUCUGCACCUCCUGAUUUCAUAGAGCAGGUUAAUACACAGAAGAAGCGAGAGGAACCGCCAGCACACCACAAUCACCAAAUGGACACAUUUGGUCAAGACUCUAGGUUCUCGGCUGUUGGAGGAGAAAUGACUCCAUCGUUUAGCAACAGUACUGGUGGACAGGUGAACUUAAGAAUCCGACAAGGCAGCUCAGACUUCUCGGAGUUUUCUUUGGUAAACGUGCCAGAGGCCAGGGAUCAAAUGAGUGCCUCAUCGGAUGUCACAGGGGGCCAAGCCUUUAGGUGAAAUGAUUUGGUCAUAAAACUUGGGAUCAGAAUACAUGCAUUACUGUUUUUGAAUUGCUCAACAAAGAAAAACUUAUCAAUUUUUUUUAAUUUUUAGAGAGAAAAACUAUUAGUGAUUUUAUCAGGAAGGCAUUUUAAAGUCCAGUACCGCUGUGUAUUUCCCUUCACUGCUAACACAGAAAGGGGAUAUUGAUCUUGUCUGUGUAUGACUUUCUCCAAGCCCUCUGUAUUUCUGCUUUAUCAGAAACAUUUGUCUGCCAGUAAACAGAGCUGAUAGAAAAUAACUCUGAGACUGGCAUUGAUACAGGUUCAGUAAUUAUAACAAAACUGGCAUUUAUUCAGUUGCAGUAAAUACCUGGAUAAUUGCAUUUCAGCUGAUCAAAUAGUUACUCCAAUACUGGCACUAGUACAGAUCCAAUAAUUACCUCAGUACUGUAUGUGUACAGUUCAAAUAAUGCCCUGGCAUUGGAAUUAAUGCAAAUCUAACAAUUAUGACAAUGCUAUUUUUAAUCACAUGUUAACUACACAGAAAUUCAUGUUGUGCAUUUCCAGUAAAGAACUGGCAUUGAUGUAGAUGGAAUAAUUGCCCUCUUUUAUUACUUCACUCAUGAGGUGUAGGCAUCCUGGUAAAGCUAGCAUUCAUUGCCUGUCACUGUUUGCUAAUGCGAUGGUGAUGAUGAGACUCCUUUCUGAAUCCAUCUGAAUGGAUUGUGAUGCCAUUGCAGAGGGCAGUUGAGUGGCAACCACGUAGCUGUGGACCUGGAGCUGCAUAUGGACUGGACUGGAUAAAGACAGCAGAUUCCUUUUUCCAAAGAUGUUAAUAAACCAGGUGGGUUUUUGCAACAAUCCAAUUGUUGUGUAGUCAUCAUUGCUGAUACUGGACUUUUGUUCCAGAUUUUAUUUAAUCAAUCAAGCUCUCCAGUAACAUAACCUUUAUGCUACUAUACCCUCUUUAGUAAUAUGAACAUUUAUCCAUUAUCCUGAAAUUCUUAUUUUUAUUUGUUCAUGGGAUGUGGGUGUCACUGACCAGGUCAGCAUCUGUUGAAGUGCACUGGAGAAGGUGGCCAUGAGCUGUCUUGAAAAUUGAUUUUUAAAAAAAGUCAAUGUUUAUGCUGGUACUAAUAUCAUCCAGAAAUAGAAAAAUAAAUUGUAAAAUUGUAGGAGGCCAAUUAACCCAUCUGGUCUCUGCCAGUACUUCUAAAUUUCAUGAUCUCUCCCUUACUGUUUUGGUGAGUAGCUUAAUUUUUUGCCCUCUCAUAACUAAUGCAAUUGCCAGUUGAAAUAGUUUUUUUUUCUACUUUACCUUAUCAACUGCCUUUAUCAAACUUGUUUGUAGUUUCAUCUGUUCCAGUGAAAACAGCCCUAAAUUUUUAGUCUGUCCUAAUGGCUAAAGGCUUUCAAUCUCGUUAUCAUCUUCAUGAAUUUCUUCUGCACUGUGCCUGUGGACUUGACAUCCUUCUGAACAUUGCAUCUCCAAAACUACAUAUUCUCAUGGCCUAAUCAGUGAUCUGUAUAGAUAUAGAAUGAUCUCUUUGUACUCCAUGGCCCAUUUAUAAAAUUUUACAUUUAUGUACUUGAAA